UGUCCGCUAAGUUACUCAAAAAAAUGAUAAAAAUAAGGUCCGUAAAUUACAUCACUCAACGACUUGAACGUCCUUUGACACUUAAAUAAAAAAUUGCUAUUACGACAGCUGGUGUCAUAAUAACAGAGGCAAAUAAAGAAGGAUGACAGUGAUUAUGCACGACAAAACAAAAAAUCACAUCAAGUUCGCGAGCCAACUAUGUAGACAAAACGCAUGGUUCGAUGGUCGUACUACCCAGUGGAAAUGGUAGCGGCAGCAGCCAGUUACUCUUCUAUGUUUUAUUCCACUCUAGUUCGGUGUAAACUGUCAUUCGGCGAAGACAACAUCGGGUACCCACUAUUGAAAGGUGCAUGUGCAACUUCAACAGACUUUAGUUUUGGUUUUGCUAAGUGUGUUAUAAUUGCUUGAAUUUUUGUUCUUUUUGUUAUUGUUUCAGGCAAAUUAAAAUGUCCCAUGUCACAAGUAGAGAACAAAGUGCAAGUGAGGUGAAAAUAGUGCUAAAAAAUAAGUAAAUGGAUCCAACAUUGGAUUUACCAACAUAAUGCUGAGGAUAUAUGGACGACUAGUAUUAUUUCUAUUCUUUUUUCUAUUUGGAAAUCUUUGGACCUACGAGAUUCACGAAUUACAAAGCCUACUUAGCCCAUCAGAAUGGAUAUCACUUUUUGGAAAUCUAAAUACAGAACACAGCUACAUCAUAACGUUUCCGGAACACCGGCCAGGGGAAGAGAUAUUUUCCCAAGAAGAUGAAGGCGAAAAUUUGGUGCAUCGACUGCAUAUAAACGCGUCAAAUUUCGGGCGGAACUUCGAGCUGGAACUGGUGCCCAGUCCUCGGCUUUUGGCGGAUAAUUUUGUUUAUUUGGAAACGUUUGCCAAUGGGUCGUAUCCCUUGUUUCUAGAAAAUGACGAGGACUGCUACUUUAGGGGCGAACACAGCGCGCUUAGCCUGUGCGACGGGAUUAGAGGCAUAGUCCACAGCACAAACAAAGAAUCCUACAUAAUACAUCCACUGCCAAAAAGAUUUCGCAAACAAUCAUCAAUUCCUCACAUUCUGAUACGCAAAAGUCAUUCAAAGCUCAGUCCACAGAGGUGUCCUUACGAAUUCAACAGUACUGAAGUAACACAAAACAAUGACAAAGACUUAACCAAAGCUCUAAAAAGAAGAAAAAGAGAGACCUUCCCGCCUGGAGCACCAGUAUUUGUGGAAACUGCUGUUUUUGUGGACAGGGACUUGUUCGAGCAUAUGAAAAUCAAUUUUCCCACCGACACAGAACGGGAGUUGAUAAGAUUUGUUUUGGCGAUGAUAAAUGCUGUUCAACUUCUUUACCAUGAUGCUAGCUUGGGCAGGCCCGUAAACUUCGUUCUAAAAAGAUUGGACAUCCUGAAAGAGGAAGCGCCAGGUUUGCUAAGACCGCCUGAUAUCGACAGGUUCCUCUCGAAUUUUUGCAACUGGCAGAGAACCAAGAACCCCGUGGGCGAUAGAGAACCAUCUCAUUGGGAUCACGCUCUGAUUUUAACCGGGUUGGACUUGUAUGUUAGAGGGAAGCAUGGUAAAAUAUCCAGCCAAGUAGUGGGCUUGGCACCAGUAGCAGGAAUGUGCACUGCCACAAGCAGUUGCACUGUUAACGAAGGCAGACAUUUUGAAAGUGUUUAUGUUGUAGCUCAUGAAAUUGGUCACAACCUGGGAAUGCGCCACGAUGGUCCUCUAGCUGACAACGACUGCGACCCAAGCAGCUACAUAAUGUCACCCACCUUGGGGAGUGGAAAAAUUACUUGGUCGAGUUGCAGCAGAAGAUAUUUGCAGAAAUUCCUAGACACAACUCAAUCCAGAUGUCUCUUGGACCACGGAAGUUCCUCUGGCCAACUAGAUCACAGCGCUGAAGGAGCUCUACCGGGAGAAAGAUUCGAUGCCAACCAACAAUGCAUGCUUAAGUAUGGAAGAGGCAGCAAGCACUCAUCGCAGCAACCCUUGGAUGACGUAUGUCGCGACUUACACUGCGAAAGGGAGAGAUACACUUGGACGUCACAUCCGGCCUUAGAGGGUACCGUGUGCGGAAAGAAUAUGUGGUGUAGAGGUGGUAGGUGUGUAACCAAAGGUUUAUCGUUGAAUGCUGCAUACACAGCGGCGCAAAAUUCUGCUACUCAGAGAGAUGGCGGUUGGGGGAAGUGGAGGUCUUUCAGCGAGUGCGCUUCCGGUUGCCUAUUCGGCGAGGAGGGAAGGCUAAGAACGGGGAGUACCGGUAUUAUGGUGUCGGAAAGAAUGUGCAACAAUCCCAGGCCACAAGGAGGUUUGGAGUGCGAUGGCCACGAAAGAAAGUAUCAAGCAUGCCAUGCCCAGCAAUGCCUUAAUGUGCCCAGAUUGAGCAUUGGAGAGUUUGCUGAGCAAGUUUGUUCCAGAGCCAAAGACGUCGAUAAGGAUCUAACUGGUUCUGGCAUGCAGAAGAUUAGUUCUGACCCUGAGGAAGCUUGCGUGGUGUGGUGCCAGAAGCAGAACGGAAGCACCAAGAGCCGGGGUUGGACCUUCCCCGACGGAACCGCCUGCCAGACGCGCCGCCACCGCUACGGUCGUGCAUCAUACUGCAUCAACGGCCGAUGCGAGGAGUUCGUGUGCGAUCCGUACGACGAGUCGGCGCACGCGCAAAACCCAGACCUGUGCCCGGUGGACCGCGACGACAACGAGGUGAUUAGAAGGACCGGAUUGAGACGCAGAGAAAGCGCGGUGAGAUGGAAGAGUGCCAGCGGCUGCCACUACAACUGCAUAGCUCCCGGGAGCGGCAUUCGAUUGGUGAUGGCCAAAGGAAAGCUCGCCAAGUCCAGCAUACAGCUCUGCAACCCUGAUCAAUAUGGCUGCGGUAGAGUGAAGUCGCCUUUUCAACAUGCUUCAAUGGUUUGCAAUAAGUACAAAGAUAGAGUGAGGAGGUUAUCAGGUUUGGGAAUGCAGAUAUCUCCUGCUAUAGAGGACCCAGACAGACCAUGCAGGGUAGCUUGUCAAGAUGAAAACAUAUCACAUCGUUUUUACUUAGUAAAUGGAGAAGAAGGCUGGUUCCCAUUCGGUACAGAUUGUACCAGAGGUUCUUCUGACAAAAAAGCUUUCUGUAUAAGCGGUAAAUGUUUGGAAUUUGGUUCAGAUGAUACUCCUUUAUCAGAAAGUGAAUUUACUCUUCCUUUAUUAUCCAGAUCUCGCAGAUCAUUACAGAAUAAUUCCACUAGAAUAACUGCCACUUUAAACCAAAAACAAUUGGAUGAAAUUAUUGAUGGAUUUAAUCGAACUGUAUUAGGUAAUUUUCGUUCUGAUAACAAGUUUUUCGACAUAGAUUUAAGUAAUCCUAUACAUGUGAAUAUGGAAAUGCCGGUUGAUAGACGACCCUAUAAGAAUUAUAAGCCCAAUAAUGAGUAUGAUUAUAUGAAUUACGCCUAAGGAUAAGUAAUUAAAGUCAUUUAUGUGAUAAUAGGUAGGGAGGGAUGAUGGUACAAACUGUUUUUGUAAAAAGUAUUAUUUUAUAUUUUGUACUACUUACUACUAAAAAUGUGAUUAAUAAACAUAAUUACAUUGUUAAGAAUAGUGUUUGUUUUAUUGACUUACAUUUUAUAAAUUUCAUUGUUUUAUAGUAUUUUUAGACUCCUCCUCAAGUUCUUGUAGCACAAAAAACAAUUUUGGACUGUCUUUAAGAAAAUACAUCCAAAGUUGUCUAAGAUGGUUUUUCCAUUUAUCAUCUUGAAUUUUUUUC